AGCACAUUUGGGGAUUUGAUUCCCUGGUAUCCACGGAUCUUGAUGGGGAUCGCUGCACAUGCUGUUGUCAUAAAGCUCUGAGUGAUGGUGCAGAGUCAGCUCGGCUCCUUCCGAGGGAAGGUGACUGGGAGCCCAGCGAGGCUUCCUGAGAUUGGCUGCAUUGGCCUAGACCGCUCCACUCCCCUCGCUUCUCUUGUCACAUUCCUCUUCUCCCUGCCCUUCGGAACCCUUUGCUGUGAAGCUGGUGCCCUGCCAUGAGCGGUACUGUGCCAGGUCCCCCCCACUCCCUUCCCCCGGCCCCCUUCCGGCCGCCCCUCCUCCUCCUCCUCCUGUCACUGAUUCGGUGCUGGAGCCCGGGGUGUCUGAGCUCCCCCUGCCCAGUCCCCCUCCAGCAGCGGCGACGGCUCCGGCGCUGUCAGUGCGCAAACAUCAGCCGGGGCUCCGGGCACAGGCACUUACACGGCCAGGUCCAGCCGGCGGCUCCGGCGGAGCCAGUGCCUCGCAGCAGCAGCAGGUACGGGCUCGCCAUCUGCCUCACCCAGGUAGCUGCCCCCUGCAGGCCCGGGGGGGGGGGGGGCGGCGGGGGAAGGGGAGCGGCUGGGAUAUGAUGAUGGCCCUGAAAGAUAAGCUUCUGUUUAGCUUCCUCUGCCAUGUGGCCUGUACCCUUGUGUAUGGCUACCCCACCGAUCCUGGGACUGAGUUCCGCUCCGCUUUCUCUGUGGCUAGAACCAGCAGCAUGGAAGGGAGCGUUGAGAUGGUCAUCACCUUUGACAAGGUCUAUGUGAACAUUGGCAGUGACUUUGAUCCCAAGGCUGGGUUGUUUAGGUGUCGGAUCCCUGGGGCCUAUUACUUCUCCUUCACAGUUGGGAAAUACCCCAAGAAAAACUUGUCUGUUAUGCUGAUGAGAAACAAGAAUGAGGUGCAAGUGAUUGUGUAUGAUGAGCAUCACCGUAAGGAGCGGAAACUGGCUAGCCAGAGUGCCAUGCUUCAGCUGGACUAUGGAGAUACAGUCUGGCUGCGUUUACAUGGGGACCCCAAGUAUGCCCUCUACAGCAAUGCAGGCCCAUACACAACUUUCAAUGGGUAUCUUAUCUAUCCAGAUACCUCUGCCUACUUCCAAAAUGGUGUGGUCUCUCAGGAGCUGGGGGGAGCUGCAGGGCUGCCCCAUCCAGCUAUUCAUCAGCUUUCAGGAGAACAGAAUGAAGCUUCAGAGGGACACAUGUUGUCCGAUCAGCCAGCCAGAGAACUAGACCCUCGCUCUGCAUUUUCUGUUGCUCGCUCACAAAGCCUCCUGGGAACAGAUGAGAAGCAAACCCAGCAUGAGCCAAUCACAUUUGACAUAGAGUUUGUGAACAUUGGAAGGGAUUUCAAUUCCUCAAGGGGCAUCUUCUUAUGCCGCGUGCCAGGUGCAUAUUACUUCUCCUUCACCAUUGGUAAAAUGCCUUUUAAGACCAUGUCAGUGAAACUUAUGAAAAACCACAAUGAGGUUCAGGCCAUGAUCUAUGAUGACAACCAUUCCAAGAGGCGGGAGAUGCAGAGCCAGAGCAUUAUGUUACCUCUGCACUACGGAGACACUGUCUGGCUCUACAGCCACCAGCAUGAUGGCUACGGUGCCUACAGCAACCAUGGCAAGUACAUCACCUUCACGGGGUUCCUUAUCUAUCCAGAGGCUCAGCCAAAGCCACCCCCAAGUCCCAGUUCCCCCACGAGGUCAAAAAUCUAAAUGCAGGUGUGAAAGGAGCAUAAGAGAAGCCAAGAUGCAGUGGACUUGGGUGCAGGUCCUGGUUGGAUGUCACCCUCUACAAUGUUAAAGAGCAUGCUAAUGUAUAUCCAGUGCUUUCCUUAUGCUGCACACUCAUGUCCUGGCUGCAGGGCCAUUGCUGUUUCUGUCUUUUAUCUGUAGAAUGAUCUUUGUGUUACUGUUCAAUUUAAGCAUAAAGCAUAAGGUAGUUUGGGGGCAGGGGCAGUGAAAUGAGGUGUUGUGAUUCAGGGAGCCACUGCAGAAAUGCUGGGAGACCUACUGAAGACAACCCCACCAAGAAGGCACAGCACCUGGUGAUAUUCCUUGCACAUACAAGGGAGGCCUGGGGGAGGGAAAAUGUAAUUGAAAUUAAUUUAAUAAAAGUAAAAAAAUAAAAUGUGCAGGGUUUGCGGAGACACACAUUGUUUCACAAGAUGCUGGAUUUGUGUGUAUAUAACUGCCUGUGACACUGAUUCUGGACAGGAGAGAGGCUCUGAUAAUGUGUGAACUAUUGUAUGUGUUUGUGUUGUGAAGACUGUUAAACAGAGUUAGAUUGUA